AUGAACGCUGUGUCGUUUUUCAAAGUGGCGUGUGGACAAUGCUAUAUUGUGAUGAAAUUCCAAAGAUCCGUUGCUUACGAUUCAGUACGACCUCUCGCCUACCAGGACGCGCAGGUGUUCCUUCUCUGUUUUUGCGUUGCUGAUCCCGAUUCUCUAGACAACGCUGUAAACAAGUGGUAUCCAGAGAUCCGAGAACACUGCGCAAACACGGCUGUCAUCCUUUGCGGUUGUCAGGUGGAUCUGAGAUCCGACAAGUUGACAGUUUCCGAGCUCUCCCUCGUCUUCAAAUCGCCGGUGACGCCCGAACAGGGGGUGAAUGUGAGCCGGCAAGUCGGUGCGACCACGUACGUCGAGACGUCAUCGAAAAACAGCAGUAAAACGGCGUGCGACGCCUUCGAAAUCGCCGCCCUUGCCGCCCUCGGCCGGCUGAACAUGAACACCUGCCUCGUAAGCCCGCCUCACAAAGGCGGUCCCGGACCCGCAAGGAGCAAGAGCAAAGUUGACCUGAAAGCCGAACUGCGGUACAGGGCCAAAAGCUGCACCGUCAUGUGACCGCUCUUCAGCAUUCUUCGUAAAUAAGCUUCAAGAACGAACUCACCGGCGGAUGUGUCGUUCUGUUACAUGGGUACUCGUCCUUCCCUCCCGAAAUCGGACCCUUUUCCACCUAUCCCUCAACAUUCCUAAGACGACUGAUAUUGGGUUUGUUUCAUCCGGAACAACGUCAAAACCAAAUAUCAGAAGGAAAGAAUACGAUAUUAUUAUCUAUAACUAUCUUCUCUCAAUUCGAAAUUAUUGUGAUAGUAAACUUCAUCUUUGAUGAAAAAAAGUGUGAUCUGAGCUACAAUGGAGCUUUCUUUAAGCAGUACUAAACAUCAAACAAGUAAUUAAUUGAACCAUAUCAAGUUUAAAUAAAAACUGUCAAAUUAUGUUGGGUGGUCUUGUUUUUUCAGCCCACAGUAAAAAGAAAUUUUGAACACAAAAUUAAACAGAACGCUACUGUUAAUUUGAAAAAAAUCGUAUUUUUCUUUAACUC